UAAUCACACUUCUUCUGGCCAUCUUUUAAGGUCAAAGAUGGACCUAGUGUUGAACGUUGCAGAUGAUUACUUCUUCACUCCAUAUGUGUAUCCCUCAUCAUGGCCCGAGGACGAGCCUCUGCGACAGAUCAUCGGCUUGAUGGUGGUCACCAACCUGGGUGCUGCAAUCUUAUAUCUAGGCCUGGGUGCUUUGUGCUACUUCUUCGUUUUUGACCACAAAUUAAUGCAACACCCUCAAUUUUUGGAGAACCAGGUGCAACGUGAAAUAAAGUAUGCUUUGUGGUCUUUGCCCUAUAUCAGCAUACCCACAGUAGCAUUGUUUUUUGCUGAGGUCAGAGGAUACAGCAAACUGUACGACAGAGUCGAUGAAUCCCCCCUCGGUUGGUCAGGAAUUAUUUUCAGCAUGGUCUCUUUCCUGUUUUUCACUGACAUGUGCAUUUACUGGAUCCACAGAUUCCUUCAUCACAAGUUAAUAUAUAAGUAUUUUCACAAACCACAUCAUGUGUGGAAGAUCCCCUCUCCGUUCGCCAGCCACGCUUUCCACCCCGUGGAUGGAUUUCUUCAGGGCCUACCGUACCACAUCUACCCCUUCCUCUUCCCUCUACACAAGGUUCUGUACUUAGCCCUGUACGUGUUCGUCAACAUAUGGACCAUCUCCAUCCAUGACGGGGACUACCGCGUGCCCAGCCUGGUGGAACAAAUAAUCAAUGGUUCAGCUCACCACACUGACCACCACCUCUUCUUUGACUACAACUACGGGCAGUACUUCACCCUGUGGGACCGCAUCGGAGGCUCCUACCGCUAUCCUUCAGCCAUGAUGGGGAAGGGGCCGCACGACCAGAUCAAGAAAUUGAUGGCAGAAGGGAAGCUGAGCUCAGACAGCAUAAACGGCCACACUAAUAAUAAUAAAAAUGGCAAGAAAGAAUAGGUAGGCACAUAAAAGAUUCAUGAAUGGGUUUCAAGGUAAGAUUUCUGCUCUUAAAAUAUGUCCUUAAUAAGUCCUUAUUCAUGAGAUUCUGAAACUCUACUUAACACUAAAAUAAUCAGUUAUGCAUACAAUUGCCUAAAGAAAGCAAAGACAAAGGGAUUCUAUCUUUGCCAAAUAGAAACAUUCACUAUGGUUACCCUGUUGGUAUUUUUGCCUUCUUGCCUUUGUGUAACCUAAUACGAAUGACUUGAAUUAACAGGCUUCUGACAAGUAAGCGUCUAUAAUUUUGCAAUCAUAAACAUUCAAAGAAUGU